CAACUAGCGCGAGUAGAUAUUAUUCAUUCACAACGCGAAAUUGAAGUAUUGUUUUCGACCCUGAAAAAUUCACCUUUUCCAUCAGCUCAAAGCAUAAGAGCCCUGGAUCUUAUUCAUUGCGUUAUUCCUUACCAUCGCUGUGAAAAAUCUGCAAGAGAAUCUCGCAACUCUCACCAUUUGAUUACGGAACGUGACAACAUCCACGCGAGAACCCCCAACAUGUGCGAGGAUCCGCGCAGAUACAUGUCGUCAUGGUGGCGCAAUUUUUUCUAAAAAUAGAAAAAUUGUCCCAUAUCAUAGGUGCGCGCGGAUCAUAAGACUUACGGUCUCCGUCCCCGAUUAUGGCUCCUGGUUUUAUCAAGCAUCUUACAUCCGGGCAAUAUUCUAGUGGUUUCUAUGGACAUCUUAACAAGGCUCGGAACGAAAUUAUGACUGGGAAUAAACUCAUGGCGAAUAAGAGCAAAGAACAGAGAAAGGUGAUUAAGCAGCAAACGAAGGUGACAAAGACGUCCAUGACAGAGACUAUACGACUGGAAAAGGUCAUUCAGAUGGACUCAGAGUUGUUCAAAGAGAACAAUCAGAAAAGUUCUUUUCCAUUAGACAUAGAGUUUGUCAGAAAUGUGCUUUGUGGUCCCUCUACUCUUGAUCACGAGGAAAAUCUAAGAAUGUCAUGCCAGUGUUAUGAUUGUGAGAAGCAUUGGAAGAAAUCAGGAGGCCCUCCCGGCUUCAAUCCACCAAGCAAUUACGACAUAGCCGAGGACGUGUUUUUGAUCGACGGCGAGAUUUACAUUAGGAAACCCCAAACUUCAUUGACUGCAGGCGCCAGCACGAGUGCUAGCAGUUCAUCAGAGUACCGCCCUGGAAUUGAUACUGCACACGUAUUACUCAUGAUUAAGUGUGAUUCAUAUGCCUGAUAAAUCUGGUCGAUAAUAAUAAAUAAAUAUUAUGCAGUUGUCAAGACCUCUUGCAAGGGAACUGAUUUUGAGACUUUUUUGUUCUUGCGAGUUUUAAGAAUUGCCUUGAAAUCGGAAAAAAAACUUUGUUAGGGAUACUCAAGAUUGGGAAAACUGAGAGCGUGACAAAUGCGUCAUCUUUGCGUUGCGACACUGAACAUGUAGCUCUGAUCGAGCUUUGUACCCAGUUCUCUUCCCUCUCACUCUCUUUGGCGGAGAACAUUCAUGACUUCACUAAUAGUAACUUGUUCCUAGGCCUUUUUGCUAAGUUGGCAGGUGUAACAAAUUUAAGAUCUCUGUAUUUUAUAAACAUUCAUUAUCUUAUUUUCUAUUUCAGGCAACUUCACUGCGAAUUUCAUUUACUGUCUGAUCAGCCCUCUUCCCUCUUUCUUUCUGCUUAUUUUGUUGUGUAAAUUGACACAUUUUUGCAGAAGAACCCUCAUCGUUGACAACGCUGUAAAUGUUGAAGAAAUAAAAUUUUUAAAUGUA